CGACGCACGUACGCCCUCACACAGACUCGCAGUCAGAACACGCGCGCUCGCCUCGCUCGUGCUCAUUCUCGUGCUCAGACUGCGCUGCGCGGACCUGCUUCACUCUAUAGCUGGAUUACACUCAUAUUUACUCUCAUCAGUAGCAGCCUUCAGGUCCAUCAUCACAGCAGCCAUGGGCACUCUGGCAUUCUGAGUGACAGAGAUGGAAGUUGACGCCCUCCUGAUUUCCAGUCAGCAAGCAGUGAAUUGACUGACUGCAUUUCCCUCAGAUUCAGUGUGUAGCGCGGGCGCCCCCUGAAGGCUGAAGGCUGCGUGGCAUGAGCGUGUGCGGGAGGAAGGCUCUGACUCUGCUCAGCAGCGUGUUUGCGGUAUGCAGUCUGGGGCUGCUUGGGAUCGCCGUCAGCACUGACUACUGGCUCUACCUGGAGGAGGGCGUCAUCCUGCCUCUGAACCAGAGCACUGACAUACGCAUGUCAAUCCACUCCGGGCUCUGGAGAGUCUGUUUUCUGGCAGGUGAGGAGAGGGGCCGCUGCUUCACUAUCGAGUAUGUGAUGCCCAUGAGCGUUCAGCUGACCAGUGAGUCGACGGUCAGCGUUCUGAAGAUGAUCCGUUCAGCCACUCCGUUCCCACUGGUCAGUUUGUUCUUCAUGUUCAUCGGUUUUGUGCUCAACAAUAUCGGGCACAUUCGGCCCCACCGCACCAUACUGGCGUUUGUCUCUGGAAUCUUCUUCAUCCUGUCAGGUCUGUCUCUGGUGGUGGGUUUGGUUCUCUACAUAUCCAGCAUAAAUGAUGAGAUGUUCAGCAGGACCAAGAGUAAUGAGGCAUAUUUCAGCUAUAAGUACGGCUGGUCGUUUGCGUUCGCUGCCAUCUCCUUCCUGCUCACUGAGAGUGCAGGUGUGAUGUCCGUCUACCUGUUCAUGAAGCGUUACACAGCGGAGGAAAUCUACCAGCCACACCCCAGCUUCUACCGGCCCCGCCUGAGCAACUGCUCCGAUUACUCGGGACAGUUCCUUCACCCCGACGCUUGGACGCGGGGACGCAGCCCGUCAGACAUCUCCAGCGACGCCUCGCUCCAGAUGAACGCUAGCUACCCCGCGCUCCUCAAGUGCCCCGACUACGACCAAGUGUCCUCCUCUCCCUGCUGAAGGACAAGAAGUGAUGCACACAUAUCCGUGUGUCUUUGCCUUAUGAGAGGGAACAGACUGAUAGAAUGUGUGAUGGUAAUGUUCUCGUUCUGUAGUGAGUCUGAACUUGAAGCGCUUUGUUCCAGCAGGUGGCAGUGUAGUAUUCUUCUCUGGAGUGAUUCACACACUGAUUCUGGUUAUAAUCAUUGAAGUUUAAUGUCCAACUGGGUGUCUGUCCAUGUAUAUAUUUAUGGUGCUUAUACAAAUAUGAAUUGUAGCCAUUAUGGAUCACUAGCCUUCUACUAGAUUUCAAGAAUAGUCCAACAUUUAUUUGUAAUGUGUAUAUAUACUAUGUAUGUAAUGCAAUAUAUCUAUUCAUAUCAAACUGUAUACUUAUAAAGCUUAUUUUAACAAAACUGUUAGUAAAUAAGUGCAGAAACUGUCUGUAUAUCUAUAGAAGAAAAAACAAAUAUAGAUGAACACAAAUACUGAUAUGUAUGAACUGUCAAUUUUGAAAUAUUUGUGAUGAGAUGUAAUAAUAUAUAGUUGUCCACAGCUUCAAAUUCACAAAUUCAUUUCCUUUCUGCUAUGAAUACAAAAUGGACCUAAAUAAUGGAACAAAUCUUUGUAAAUAUUAUUUCUUUUCUCCACAACAUAUUUGAUUAAUCCAUGUUUCAUAAAAACAAUGUGGUUUAACACCAAAAACAAUAUACAGAUAUUACAAAUGUUGAUUUUCUCAAUUUUGUAAGCAUGAGAUGUUUUUGUGAAUGUUUUUCAUAGCUCUGAUGAUACUUUCUACAUUAGUAUUUUGUAAGUGUCAGGAUGUUCAACAUCCUGCUGCAUUUCAUUGGAUAAAAUCUGUACCUGCAUAAA